GUUCGAUAGGCGACGCCUGGAAAGGCUAAUAAUAGCUGGAGACUGUUAGCGGUGAUUACGCUUGUCGCUGCCACCCGCAUCAUGUCUCGUAUGUUGGUUCCCUGUCAUGUGAAAAGCACCGUAGCCCUGCAAGUGGGCGACAUGAGGACCUCCCAAGGUCGGCCUGGCGUGCUGGUCGUCGAUGUCACCUUUCCUAACGUCGCGCCUUUCGAGUUACUGGAGAUCACAUUUAAGAAUUACUACACAGCUUUCUUGAGCAUCCGGGUUCGUCACCAUACCCCACUGCACACACCGUCCAAAUGGGUCACUUGUCUUCGGGACUACUGUUUGAUGCCUGACCCACACAGUGAAGAGGGAGCCCAGGAGUAUGUGUCACUGUUCAAGCACCAGAUGCUGUGUGACGUGAGCAGAGUCCUAGAGCUGCGUCUGAUCCUGCGGCAGCCGUCACCGCUAUGGCUGUCCUUCACAGUGGAGGAGUUGCAAAUCUACCAGCAGGGACCAAAGAGCCCCUCCCUGAUUUUCCCCAAGUGGCUUUCCCACCCAGUGUCCAGUGAGCAGCCUGCUCCUCGCCUUGAGGGUCUCCCAGACCCCAGCAGAGUAUCCUCUGAGGUGCAGCAGAUGUGGGCGCUGACAGAGAUGAUUCGGGCUAGUCAUACUUCCACAAGGAUUGGCCGCUUUGAUGUGGAUGGCUGCUAUGAUCUGAAUUUGCUCUCCUACACGUGAGCGACAGCUUCUGCUUGAGACAUUGGCCUUCUGUGCCCAUCCAGGCGUGGUUUGGCCACCAGAGGCUGAAGUGUGUUCCCUGUGCAUUCAAGUUCUAUCUGUGUCAAAGGAAUUCUUGACAUUCACCUAGUUGUUUUAGCAUGAAUUCCUAGUGGGGGCAUUUUCUGUCUUUGUCUGACAUGCAAAUUCAGUCUCUUCCUCUCAAAAUUCACAGGUUCUACUUAGAAUCAUCGAGUUCCUCCUGCCUGUCCUGCCAGUAUGCACACCUGUGUCUGCUACCAUUUUCCCCAUUGUUGAGAUAAACCUGUUCCAGGUAGCUCAGGAAGGCCUGCUGUUUUUACAUUCAUGACCUGGGAAGCUUGAGGAAGAGAUGACCCCUAUUCAUUCCUCUGCUUCUGCUAGUGGCCUUUUUCCUUAUGUAUUCUAUCCAUGAAAAAGAUGAUGUCCUAGAGCCCAGCAUGGUAGCACACACUUUUCACCUCAUCAGUCUGUGAGUUCAAGGAUAGCCUGGUUUACACAGUGACUCCCAGGCCAAUCAGGGUUACACAGUAAGACCCCCUGCCUUUUGGGGGUUGGGGGAAGAAAAGAAAAAGAAAAUGCCCCUCUUUAAAUUUGUCUUUUACCAGCCUAGGAGGCAGAGCUGGGAUUUGGGAAGCUUGAGUGCUUGAGUCUCUGAGCUGGUUCCUGAAAUGUGUUCUCUGUCAGAUCUGGGCAGGUGCUUUGGGCACAGCUGGGGCCUGAGAAUGCGGCCUCCAAUCUAUUUGUCAUCAGACUCCACAUGCAGCACAUCAAGGGCCUUUCUCCCAGUUGCUUCUUGCCAGUCAUGCUCAGGAUGAUGAAAGAUCAACCUUGGGGGCAGUGUGUCCAAGGGAAGGCGUCACUGAUGCCUUUUGGGAGGCUGAGGUCCUCCAUUACCCUAGAGCAACCACUAGAUGAUGAAGGCUGCUGCUGUUUCCUGUGAUAAAAUUCAGUUUCCUUCUAGUUCUUCCUGAUGUUGCCCCUGGGGACUGUUAUAAAGCAGUGCUGCAAGGUGUCUUGGACCUGGAAAAUUGAACAUGUAUGUGUAACAGUUUUUUGGGAAAGUAGCCAUCUUGGGUAGCUACACUGCAUUCUUGCUAUCAGCCUUCUGAAGGUAGUGUCUUCACUUGCAAGACCAUUGUUUAAACUCAUUCCUUUUUUGCUGAAAGGGUGAUCGCCAUAGUCCUGUGCUCAAGGAACAAUGGUCUUCAGUAUGCAUGAGCAAGAGGAUUCUGGGGUGGCAGGGAUCAUGCAUAAUUCAUAGCUGUGUUCCUAAGCUCCAGCACUGGUGUUAGUGUGCCGCAAGACAAAUAAAUACUUGUGGAGUA